GGUUACCUUAUUUAACUCCACGUGUCUUCUUGGUAAUCUCAACGGCUUUCUCCGCGUCUUUUCAUAGCAACCUCUGGUUGUUUCUUUUAGAAGUAGAAAAGUUCCGGAAAGGCAGGAGGUUAAGUGAUUUUACAACGGGCUCUACAAAACCCUGGUACCACCUAGUCCAGAUUCUGUAUCUACUUUAUUUCCCAGAGUGCUCUGCGGGGACCUCUAAGGUCAAAGAAGCGUGUGGGGAGGGAAAGGCAAGUGAGGGCGCGCGCACAGCCCUCUGGGAAAUAGAGUCCUGGCGCUUGGCGCGGAGGAGUCUGGGUGGAGUAGCUGGAGAGAGUCGCUGGACUCCGGAAGUUCCUGUGAAGAGGCGCGUGUGUGAGGAGUUGGGUCUUUUUGCUCCUUCGGACCUCGGGAAAGUCUGUUAACCCGGAGGACUGCAAUCUCGAGAUCUGAGUGUAUAGAAUGGGAACAGAACUGUGAUUUGGAAAUUGUCUCAAACUUGGAUGUUGGUGAAGGCGUGGCAGUUAAGGGAGAAUCACUUCAGAAGUCCCCCCACUUCUGAACAUUUUGGGGGCUCAUCCAGCAUGGACAGGGAGUCAGCUGUAGGAGGAAGGGAGAGUUUCUCACAGCUCCCUUCCUGCAGCUCUGCCAGCUGGGAACAUGGAAGGGAAGGAGGAGGAGCUUGAAAGAGGCUAUUGGGACAAGGCAGCUAUGGCUGAGGAAUUUGUGACCCUCAAGGACGUGGCCAUGGAUUUCACCUUGGAGGAUUGGGAGCAGCUGGGGCUAGACCAGGGGGACCUGUUCUGGGACACAGCUCUGGACAACUACCAGAACCUCUUUCUUCUCAACCCCCCAAGACCCAGCCUGACCUAUCCAGAUGGUGGGGAAGAGCUGGAGGCCCUGGUGAGCGGAAGCCCAGAAGCAGCCUGUCCUGAUAUGACUGAGACCAAGAACACUCCUCUGCAGCAGGAUUUCUUGGAAGAAGGGCUCUCCCAGGAGAUUUUGGAGGCAUUUUCCAAGGAUGGCCUCUGGAACUCCAGCUUUGAAGCCUGUGUAGGUGAGAGCUGGUUAGAUAGUUUGCUAGGAGAUCCAGAAAGUCUUCUGAGGACCGAAGUUGCCAUCAACGAGGAAAGAUCCACUGAAUGCAAUCUCGAAUUCAAGAGUGGCCUCAGUCCUAGUUCCCUCCUUUCCAUAGGAGAGGACUUUGUGAUGCAUGAUAUUCCUGAAAAAAGCCUCACACCAGCCAAGUCGAAAGAAUAUAGGAGUGACUUUGGCUACUACUCAGACCAGAACCAGCAGGAUUCUGUGCAGGAAGAGGAGAAACAGUAUAAAUGUAGUGAGUGUGGGGAAAGCUUCAGCCGGAGUUACCACCUUAUCCAGCACUGGAUCAUUCACACAAAGGAGAAGCCCGCUGUGUGUCAAGAGUAUGAGAGAAAUUUCAGCCAGAGUUCUUACCUACUUGUACGACCACUGACUCACACGGGAUACAAAUCCUAUGUGUGUAAGGAGUGUGGGAAAACCUUUAGUCAGCAUGUGCACCUCCAGUGGCAUCAGAAAAUCCACACUGGGGAAAAGCUCUGUAAGAAUCAAGGUCAUGACCAUCCCCGUCCAUCUAGUCAUCGUGCACGACCCAUUAAAUGUCAGAAAACUACCAUAAGUGCCAAGUCCUACAAAUGCAAUGAAUGUGGCAAGACUUUCAGCCGGGCCCUUCUUCUUGCUGGGCACCAGAAGACCCACAUUCAGAAACACUAUGAAUGUGCCACAUGCCAGGCAGCCUUCAACUUGAAAAAGCAUUUCAUCCAACAUCAAAAGACACAUGCUACAAAAACUACCUCUGAGUGUCAGGAGUGUGGGAAGACCUUCAGGCGUAGUUCAUCACUCAUCGAACACCAGGCUGUCCAUACUGGAGAGAAGCCUUACAAGUGCCAUGAAUGUGGGAAAACCUUCAGCCAUACGUCCACCCUGAAGAUCCACCAGAGGGUUCACAGUGGAGAGAAGCCUUACAAAUGCAGUGACUGUGGGAAAACCUUCUGCCGGAACACUCACCUUAAUGAACACCAGCGAAUUCAUACGGGCUACAGACCCCACAAAUGUCAGGAAUGUGUCAAAAGUUUCAGCCGACCCUCACACCUGAUGCGACAUCAGUUUGUUCAUAUCACAGAAAAGCUCUUCAGCUGUGCUGAAUGCAAGGAGACCUUCAGCCAUAAAGAACACCUGGUGCAGCACCAGAAAAUCCACACCAUCGAGGCCCCCUACGAAUGUCAGGAGUGUGGAGAACGCUUCAUUUGCAUUUCAACCCUGAAUUGCCACCUGAGUGUUCACACGAGAGAAAAACAAGGAUUUGAUACAAGCAAGAAAAUUUUGGACCAGAACUCAGAACAGAGAGAGCAUCAAAGGCUUGAUGAGAAACGCUUUAAGUGUAGCAAAUGUGAGAAAACCUUUAACCGCAGCAAAUACCUUAGUCAGCAUGAGAAAAUUCACACCAGAGUGAAAUCUUUUGACUGCCAUCACUGUGGGAAAGUUUUUGGCCACAGUGCGCAGCUCAGUCGCCAUCAGAGAAUCCACUUUGGGGUGAGGUCUCGUGAACGAGGCGAGCACAGGAAAGCCGAUCAUAGUCCCUCGCCCACUGAGCAUCAGUCCUCUCAAAGUGAGCACCCCUUUAAAUGUGACGAAUGUGGCAAGAUCUUCAGCCAAAGUGCUCACCUCUCAGAACAUCAGCUGAUUCACUCUGGAGAGAAGCUCUUUAAAUGUAAAGAGUGUGACAAAGUCUUCACACAGAGUCAGUACCUUAUUCAACAUCACAGGACUCAUGCUCCAAAGAAGCACUUUGAGUGUAGUGAGUGUGGGAAGUCAUUCCAUCAGAGUUCGUGCCUUUCUAAGCAUCAGAGAAUUCACUCGGGGGAGAAGCCCUAUGAAUGCAGGGACUGUGGGAAAGCCUUUGGCCUGAGCGCUCAGCUCAUCCGACACCAGCGAGUUCACACCGGAGAAAAGCCUUAUGUUUGUCAGGAAUGUGGGAAAUCCUUCAGCCAGAGCUCAUGCCUUUCUAUUCACCGGAGAACUCACACCGGGGAGAAACCGUAUGUGUGUAGCAAAUGUGGGAAAACCUUUGCCCAGAGAGCAAAUCUUACACAGCAUGAGAGGAUCCACACUGGGGAGAAGCCGUACACCUGUGAUAUAUGUGGCAAAGCCUUUGGCCUCAGUGCCCACCUCGCUCAGCACCAGAGAAUUCACACCCAGGAGAAACCCUAUCACUGUCAACGUUGUCAGAAAACCUUUCGGUGCUAUUCCAGUCUCAACCGACACCAGCGACUUCACACUCAAGAGUAACAAGCAGCAAUGCCAUCUGCAGCCUCUGGAUGGCAGCAGAGUCCUACACGUCUGAACACGUCCAUCUGCCUACAAGAUUUGAAACCAACACAUUUCUAGCUUCCUCCCCUCCCAAUAAAUAAAUCUCUUUAUUAAUAAAAGAUUGAUUAGAAAGUUUGCACACAUGGGUUUCAUUAAAACAGUGAAAACACAAGUAUUGAGAAACUGUGUAACACGGAUUCAGAAGUAGAUCCUGGAGCCAGUCUGCUUGAGUUAGUUCCACCUCUGCCAUCUACCACCCUAAGUGACCUUGGGAAAGUUAUAAAAUCUCUCAGGGCGUCAGUGUCCUCAUCUCUAAAAUGGGCACAGUAGUCAUCUACCUCAGGGCUGUUGUGAGAGUUAAAUAAAAUCAAGUACUUAGAAUUGUUGGCUUGCACAAGAUAAAUGCCAACUGUGAGCUGUGCAUGUGUGUCAAAUGUAACACAAGUAGGUUCUUUUAUAUUAAAAGAAGAAAAGAACUUGUAACCUGUGUUUACAGCAGUUAAUAUUCCCCACAGUAAGCUUGGCCUCAAGUUUUCCUAUUUUCAAGUUUUUGUUCAUCUCUCUGCUCUUUUUAAAUGUCUGUGCUCUGUCCUGGCUUUUUCUUUCUGAAUCCACAAAAAGCCAAGAGGAAUAUAAAUUUCCACCUAAAUG